AUGGCCGGAGGAUUCACAACGAGGAAGGGUACUCAAUACGAGCCUCGCGAUGUCAUCUUAAAUAAAUAUUUCCUUUGCUCAAAGGAGGGUACUAAACCCUUUAAGGAGAUUGACUCGACUCAGGAAGCUAAUAGUUCAAAUAAUAAGUCGAGGAGCAAGAUUACCCGUAAGGUUCCUUCUAUAAGGACUGGUUGUGAAGUGUGUAUCCGGGUUAAGUUAAACGAUGACAAACUUUAUGAGGUUUAUCACUUCGAGGAGUCCCACAAUCACCUGUUUGUUGCUGAAGAUGACAGAUACCUACUUCCUUGCAAUAGAGGAAUCAAUUAUGUUCAGGAAGAAGCCGUAAAUACUUUGAGUGCCAUAAACGUUGGUCCAGUCAGAGCGUUUAAUAUUAUGAGGACUCUUUAUGGAGGGUUUAACAUGAUAGGUGCCACGAAAGUUGAUUUUAAAAAUUUCAAAAGAGACUUAAAUAGGUAUAUAGCUGAAUACGACGCUGAUAUGGUGAUUAAACGGCUAAAAAGGAAGAAAGAAUUCAUGCCCAAUUUUUCUAUGGAAUACCUAACAACUGACGAUGGUGUUUUACGGGCGUUGUUCUGGGCUGACGAAGAUGCGAAGAGGAAUUUUAAUAUGUUUGGGGAUGUUGUGUCUUUUGAUGCUAAUUAUCGUCGCAACAAGUACAAUAUGAUGUUUGUACCGUUUACCGGCGUUGACAAUCACUAUCGUAAUGUUAACCUGGGUGCUGCUAUAAUAGGUAAUGAAACCGCUGAAACAUAUAGCUGGUUGCUUAACGUCUUUCGGCAAGCAUUUGGUCGUGCACCACCUGUGAUUGUUGGCGCUACCCUAUGUAAUGGAACCGAUUUUAAGAAGAGGUUGUGUGCCAUUUGUUGGACCGAUGCAUUACUCCCUGACCAGUUUGAAUCCGAAUGGGGUGUUAUAUUGACUGACUUUGAUUUGGCGAAUCAUGAAUGGCAGUUCCCUGAAAGGUAUAUAUUACGACGGUGGAGUAGGGAAGUUGUUCCUAGUAGUGCUCCUGGAGCGAUAUUAGGUAUUAAUGAAGGCGAUGAUUGGUACCAUCAAGUUAAUCGGGUUGUACGUGAGAUAACACAGUCAGCGGAGUUUGUUAUUAACAUGUUGGUCACUAACUUCGAUGCGUUGUGCGCUUUUUGGGAUCAUGUUGUCCAGUAUCAAUCGACGGCUGAUGAGGCAGUGAGACGGGAGUGUGGCAAUUGCAAACGUAAGGGGCAUAAUCGACGUACAUGCAAGUUCCCCGCAAGGGAAAAUAAUGAUGACACCUCAGAAGGAAAGGAAGGAGAGGAAGAAGCAGAUGAUGAAGCAGAGGAAGAAGUUCAAUAG